CUGAAAUUAUUUGUAUUUUUCAAUGGAGUACUUUACAGCAUCUCCACGAUCCGCUUUACCACACCGAUCCGUAAAGUGCGCGGCUACCAAUCCUAUCAUCACUUUGCGAAAAAAUUCUAUCGUGAAGUCUUCGAAAGGGACGACUUGACUAUUCCUCCAUACGUGUACUUCCACUGCUUUUCUAUGAACGGCUGUUCUACAUUCACUGCUUUGUGGGACCUACUCGACAGUCGCAAAGACGGAGAUGAAUUCAAGCAACGUGUUCAGGGACUGCUUUUUGACAGCUCACCAGCCUUCACGACUCCUGCUCAAAAUGCCCAUGCGAUCUCUUUUGCUUCGAUGCCUCCUCAACGAUGUCAUGCUAUAUUUAGAGAAAGCUAUAGGGCUCUGCUCUAUGCUUACUUUUCCAUACAUAACGGGUUAAUAUGGAUAUGGUCUUUUAUGGAGAAUGAUAUUUACGAAAAAUGCUACGCUUACUAUCGAAUGCUGUCGCAAAAGGACCUACCGAAAAGACAAAUUUACUUUUAUGGACCGUCCGAUGAUGUGAGUUUCACUUACCAACGGAUAUUGCAUACAAAUUCGAAGGCUUAUAAAGUACUAGCUGUCAAAGCUCCGCCCGGCCCUGUCAGUGUUAUAUUCGUAAUCAACAUGCUCACUUACCACCUGUGCCAACUCCCAGCCCCGUAGCU